GGUAUAAUUAAUAAAGUGGCCCCUAGUCAUAUUGGCUGCCUGAUACAUGGAUGCUUCAAUGCUUCUAUCCCUAAACCCGAACAAAUGUCAAUUGUACAGUGGCAAGAGCUGGGGUUAAAAAUAGGGGAUGAACUGAAAUUUCAAGUAUUGCACUUGGAUUCUGAUGCAGCUGGGGUGUUCUUCAUUCGAGGAGGACUCACUAAAAGCAGCAUGCGGCCCAAACAAUCUGAGACCAUCACUGACAGUGCAAAUGGAGAUGAAAGUCAAAAGCUUGACCACCAGGAAAAUGGCUUGAAUGACUCUGGGGGAGAUAAUGUCACAGAGGAGCCUCUAGGCGAGACGGAUAACACUGGGAGGGAAAAUGCAGAAGAGCAAAGUGUUGAUGCUGUGAAUGGAUUAUGUGAUGAUAAAAACAAGAAGAAGAAGAAAAAGAAAAAGCAUAAGCAAGAAGAACAGGAACAUAUAUUGCCUAGCAGUGACUCCAGUGGUUACCAAAGUGACCAUAAAAAGUUAAAGAAAAAGAAAAGAAAGCAUUGCGAUGAAGUUGAAGAAAGUGAAUUGUCUCAGCUGUCACAAGAACCCAAAGCUAAAAAGAAAAGGGUCUAA